GAAAAAAGAAAAAACGACCACUCUCUGUCUCUCAUUCGUCUUCUCCUAUGGCUCCCAAUCUUGGCUCGUCAUUCUCCAAUAGUACCAGAACCAGUAAUGGUUAAAGGGUCCCUUAAUAGUUACUAAUACACACUGCAGUAAAUGCCUCGUCAGUGUCCCUAGUACAGCCUUCUCAACUACCUUCCUCACCGUCUUGUACAUCUCUUCAUUUAGCGCAUCCAUUAUCAGACCAAAAUUAAACUGCAUUUCUUUCUUGUUGACUCUUAUUUGGUCGUUCCAGGGUGUCGUUCUUUGUUGUUGUCUGAUAAACAAUCACAUUCUUUGCUUCAUGAACUUCGCUACAUUCUUCACGUUCCAUUUUCUUCCUCACGGGUUUUGGAUUAGCUUGUUGGAUCAUGCAUAACCAUUCAUCAACUUGGAGGAAUCUCCACUUUCUUUGCCAAUUUAAGCGGGUGUGGAGCAGUUGCGAUGGAUUGCUCGAAGCUGCUGCUCAUAAAUUUUCUUCCUGAGUAGGAUUUUCUCAUAGUAACUUACUUUUGAAAUGGGAAUAUUUGAAGCGUAGUUAUUUUUAAUCAUUUUCCGUCUGGCGUCUUUUCUUUCUUUGAUCAUUCAUAUUCCAAAACUUCUGCUAAUUUCGAUCCUCACCUUCAUGAAAUUGUGUGUCUAACGUUCCAAACCGGUUCAAUGAGAUACUUUCACCUUCUUCUGGUUCUGUCCUGGUUUUUGUCCAUCCAAAGCAGCUAUGAACUGCAGGCUGCUCAAACUCGAGUCCUGUCACAGUUGAGGAAGUAUCUGGAGAACCCUCCCUCGUUGGAAACUUGGGAAGAUUAUCAUGGAGACUUCUGUAACAUAUCUCCAUCCGCACGGAUGAGCAUUAAAUGUGAGGACAAUUCUGUAACAGAGCUUAAAAUUAUGGGAGAUAAACCUGUGAAGGUCAAAGAGUUUAACGGGUUAGCGAUUCCUAAUCAAACAUUGUCCGGGAGCUUCUCUAUUGAUUCUUUUUUUACCACAUUGGUCAGGUUAACCAACUUGAAGGUUCUUAGCUUGGUGUCAUUGGGGAUUUGGGGGCCACUCCCUGAUAAGAUUCAUCGAUUAUCUUCACUUGAAAUUCUGGACUUGAGCUCAAACUUCUUAUACGGCACAAUCCCACCAAAAAUAUCUACAAUGGUAAACCUUCAUGCACUAACCAUUAACGCCAAUUAUUUCAACAGCACUAUGCCGGAUUGGUUUGAUUCGUUAUCUAAUCUACAAGCUCUGAGUUUGAAUGGCAACCGCUUGAAGGGUUCGUUCCCCUCUUCACUAUGCAAAAUUAAAGCGCUUACUGACAUUUCCUUGUCUCACAAUGACUUGUCUGGUAAAUUGCCUGAUCUGAGUACUCUCACUGGCUUGCAUGUGUUGAAUUUAGGAGAUAAUCAUUUAGACUCUGAACUACCAUUGAUGCCGAAAUCAGUAGUUACAAUUCUCCUAAGUAAAAAUUCAUUUUCUGGAAAGAUUCCCAAGCAGUUCGGUGAACUGGUUCUGCUUCAACAUCUAGACCUUUCAUCAAAUCAUCUUGGCGGGAUUCCUCCAUCCCCAUUGUUCUCUUUGCCUAACAUCAGGUACAUGAAUUUGGCAAGCAAUAUUCUGAGCGGGUCCCUUUCAAACAAACUAACUUGUGGGAGCAAACUUGGGUAUGUGGACAUUUCUAGUAACAAGCUAACUGGUGGACUUCCAUCUUGCUUGGCAAGCACGUCUGAUAGACGAGUCGUGAAAAAUGGUGGGAAUUGCUUCCAGACGCGAGGGUCUUACUGUAAACAGCCCAGUGUGAAGAAGUUCCAGGCACUGAAAUUAGUUGGAGUUGUGGCCAUUAUUACUGGACUAGUGCUCAUUCUUGUGCUGUUUGUGUUUGGUGUUUUCUUUUGUCGCAAGAGAUGCCAUUUGAGGAAAACAUCUGGGCGGCAUGCGGUGCCAAAAAGAGUAAGAGAUAAUUCCGCAGCAGGGGUUUCCUCAGAGCUCCUUGCAAGUGCCAGAUUCAUUGCUCAAGCAGUGAAGCUUGGAGCACAAGCUAAUCCAGUCUGUCGAGUGUUUUCAAUUGAAGAGCUGAAGGAAGCUACGAAAGAUUUUGACGUGUCAACUUAUAUGGGUGAAGGCUCCAUAGGGAAGUUGUACAAAGGUAAACUGGAAAAUGGACCCUAUGUAGCAAUACGAUCUUUGUCUCUCUCAAAGAAAUGCUCAAUUCAGAAUCUUAAAGGGCGGCUGGAUUUACUCUCAAAGCUUCAUCAUCCUAAUUUGGUUUGCCUCUUGGGUCAUUGUAUAGAUAGUGGUGGACAAGAUCAUUCCAGUACCCUCAAAUUUCAUCUUGUUUAUGAGUAUAUACCAAAUGGGAAUUAUCGUGCACAUCUGUCAGAAUUUUCUCCAGAGAAGGCACUAAAGUGGUCUGAUAGACUGGCAAUUUUAAUUGGAGUUGCCAAGGCAGUGCAUUUCUUGCAUACUGGGGUUAUACCUGGCUGUUUUAGAAACCAAUUGAAGACGAACAAUAUUUUGCUUGAUGAGCAUAACAUUCCCAAACUGAGUGAUUAUGGGAUGUCCCUCAUCAGAGAAGAAAUUGAAAAGCUUGAGGCUACUGGAGAGAGCCCAAUAUCAUGCCAAACGACAGCAAUGGAGGAUGAUGUUUAUAAUUUUGGAUUCAUAUUGUUGGAAUCGCUUGUUGGUACCAUAGCAAGUGAGAAAGGAGAAGAAUAUUUCCUGACUGAAAAGGCAUCAUUUGGGAGUCAAGAUGGUCGAAGAAAGAUAGUGGAUCCGAUAGUGUUGACCACCUGCUCUCAAGAGUCAUUAUCAAUUGUAGUAUCUAUAACAACCAAAUGCAUAUCCCCGGAACCAUCAUGUCGUCCCUCUUUUGAAGAUGUCCUUUGGAACUUACAAUACGCAGCUCAAGUCCAGGCCACUGCAGAUGCAGAUCAGAAAUCAGAUUCUGCAUGAUGCUAUUCAUGUUGAUGAUGUCUUCUCCUAUACAAAUAAAAUGUCAGAUCUCAAUCUUCAAUCUUAUAUUCACUUGUUAUGACAGAGCUAGUUAGAAUUCAUAUCCCUUCUAGAGACAGUAAAAAUUAAGGCUCUGGUGAGGCAAAUCUUGAACUUGACUAACAGCUGCUGGGAUCAAGUCUGCAUUAAAUGAAAUUUGGUGGAAACUGGAAACUGUGGAGGUUGAAGUAGACGGAGUUUCAGAGAUCAGGAACGCUUCAAGUGGAUGUAUAGACCUAGUCUGAGAUAUCACGUCAAAUUGCAACUUCUUUCAGUUUUGAAAUUUUAUGUUGGUCUUUCUUCAAAUUUUUAUUUGAUUUCCUUAAUUUUAGAAGAACAUUUAACAAAACAAACUUUUCAAAUAAUAUGAUCUGAUCUGCAUAUAUUCA